CAUCGCUUUCCAGUUUCCGUGAGGUUCGGGAGGUAAAGAAUCUGUUAUGAGGUUUGGAUGGGUGUGGUGCACCCGCCGAGCCAUUCGGCACCGUACUAAUGUAAUCGCUCCAAGGAGGUUACUCUCAACCCAAGCAGCUUCCCAGCAGCUAUCAAAAACACGUAAUAUUGGCAUUAUUGCGCAUAUAGAUGCUGGGAAAACCACGACUACGGAGCGUAUGCUCUACUAUAGCGGCUACACGCGAAGAAUAGGAGACGUCGACGAAGGCUCCACAGUCACAGACUUCCUCCCCGCCGAGCGUGCCAGAGGCAUCACCAUCCAAUCCGCAGCCAUAACUUUCCACUGGCCACCGCAAAACGCUCAGCAGCCGGAUCAGCAACUACCCUCGUCAUUUGAAGUCGUUCCCCGAUCGUCCAUCCCCCACAACAUCAACCUCAUCGACACUCCCGGUCAUGCUGAUUUCACUUUCGAAGUCCUGCGUUCUCUGCGCGUACUAGACGGCGCUGUAUGUAUCCUUGAUGGAGUCGCAGGCGUCGAAGCUCAGACGGAGAAGGUGUGGACGCAGGCGGGGACGUACCACAUCCCACGCAUCAUCUUUGUCAACAAGCUCGACCGGGAUGGGGCCGCAUUUUCUCGAACCGUGAAAGAGAUAGGAGUGCGAUUGCACGGCUGGCCCGCUGUAUGUCAGAUUCCCUGGUGGAAGGGAGGCGAUGGUGCCUUUAUUGGAGUUGGCGAUGCUGUGUACUUGAGGGGUCUACUAUGGCAGGGUGCAAGCGAUGGGAGCGAGAUCAAAUGUUUCUCCCUGGAAGAGCUUGAGAAGAGCGAUCCUUCUUUUGCCGAUGAAAUCAGGAAAUCCCGAGUGGCACUUGUCGAACUCCUCAGCGAGCAUGACGAUGGCAUGGUGGAGCUAUUCCUGGAACAUGACGAAGACCACCUCGCCAUCCCAGGCGCCCAGAUCAUACAGUCACUACGAAGAGUCGUUCUCCAAAGACCACAGACCGUUAUUCCCGUCUUCGCAGGGGCCAGUUUCCGAAACAUCGGCGUUCAGCCCCUGCUCGAUGCCGUGGUGGACCUACUGCCGUCCCCUCUCGAACGACCGGAUUCCGAAGUCAGCGUCGAGAACCGUUCAGGAUCGCUUUCACAGCUUCUCGCACCCACCUCGGCUUCAGCCCCCAGUAAAGUCAAGGGCUCAAAAGGUGUAGCUCCAGCAGGACACGGCCUGCACAUCGCCGAGGCGAAGAACCUCCAAGCCUGCGCCCUCGCCUUCAAAGUCGUCAACGACGCCAAACGCGGUGUCCUCGUCUACGUCCGCGUCUACUCGGGCUCCAUCGACCGCGGCAGCGUCCUCUUCAACACCAACCUCCGCACCGCUGAACGUGCGCCCCGCCUCCUGAGAAUGUACGCCAACGACGCCGUCGAAGUCGAAUCCAUCCAAACCGGCCAGAUAGGCGUGAUAACGGGACUCAAACACGCCCGAACAGGCGACACACUCAUCGUAUACAGAGGCCUCAACGUGAAGGCUCAGCCUCCGGCAGGCCUCAACACCCUCCAACUCCGUCCCAUCGCCGUGCCCCCACCCGUCUUCUUCACCAGCAUCGAGCCCAACUCCCUCUCCGAAGAAAAGCACGUCCUGGAAUCCCUUUCCAUCCUCCUCCGCGAAGACCCCAGCCUGCACCUCUCCGUCGACGAGGAAUCCGGGCAAACCCAUCUCGCAGGCAUGGGCGACCUGCAUCUGGAGAUCGCCCGCGACCGACUCCUGAACGACUUCAAAGCCAAAGCGCGCAUCGGCAAGAUCGAAAUCGGGUAUCGCGAGACGGUCACCACGGCGACGGCACCAUUCACCUACGACCUCGACAGGAGCAUAGCGGGAAAACCCACCAAAGUAAGCAUCACAGCAUGCGUCUCCCCAGCCGAGGAAACCGACACCAUUUCCGCCUUCCAGCCCACCAACGCAGACCGUCCAAACCAAGAAGAGUCGUCCUCCCAAGAGCCCUACACAACCAUCUACCCCCCCACCCAAGACAACAACCACAACACGCUAACAAUCCAGCACCCCUCCCUCUCCCUCACCUCGACCAAACCCUCCCCGUUACUCCCCCCACACCUCCCCCUCCAAACCCUCCUCUCCUCCAUCCACGCCGGCGCCUCCGCAGCCCUAGCUCGCGGGCCCCUAAACCACUACCCUUUAUCCAACACACACAUCACCAUCUCCCUCGACGCAACCACCCAACUCUACCCCGAGACAACCCCAGCCGCUAUAUCGAUGGCGACCCGCGCCGCCGUGGCGGCGAGUCUGCGCCACGCCAACGAGCGCAGCGCAAACGUCCUCAUGGAGCCCGUCAUGCGCGUUACCGUGUUCGUGAAUGAGCGGAGUCUGGGCAGCGUGGUGCAGGAUCUGAGUUCGGCGAGGGGCGGACAGGUGCUUUCGCUCGAUGGGGAGGCGAGUUCCGAAGGGGCUGGCGUGGGCGGCGGCGGCACGGACUCGGGGGAAGACGACGUCCUGAGGAUCGAUCCGGCGCUGAUCUAUGCGCCUCCGGAUCCGUUUGCGUCGGGUUCUGGGAAUCUGGCUUCCUCGGGGGUGGCGGAUAGUCAGCGGCAGAUUGUGGCAAGGGUGCCGUUGAAGGAGAUGGUUGGGUAUUUGAAUCAUUUGCGGGCGUUGACCGGAGGGAGAGGCACGUUUGUCAUGAGUGUGGAUGGGUUUGAGAAGAUGGGGGCGCAGAGGCAGAAGGAGGUGUUGGAGGCGAUGAGGGAGUUCAGUUGAUUGGUUUGAAGGGAGAUGUGGAGUUGACAGAGGAAGAAUAUUAGGAGAUUGCAAGGUAGAAGGACGUCGAGGUUAUGACUUUCCCCUAGUACAGAUAGACAGGUCAGUGUGAGAUAUGCUCAGAGAAUUCAAAGGCUUCCUAUAUG